CUCAUUGUGAUCUAGACAUGGAGGCCAAGGUUGUAUCAAUAGCCUUUGUCUUGCUCCUCUUAACCUUCGGAAAAAAUGCUAAAGCAACAACUGCUAAUCCAGUAACAAGGAAUGAAGGGGAUGAAUCUCCAACUCCUCAUGAAGAUGACUUUGGUGUCAGUGCUUAUCCGGCAAAAUGGAGUCCAUCAACCUCGCAAAAAGAUGACUUUGGUGUCAGUGCAUAUCCGGCAAAAUGGAAUCCAUCAAUCUCACAAGAAGAUGACUUUGGUGUCAGUGCUUAUCCGGCAAAGUGGAAUCCAUCAACCUCGCGAGAAAAUGACUUUGGUGUCGGUGCUUAUCCGGCAAAAUGGAACCCAUCAACCUCGCAUAAAGAUGACUUUGAUGUCAGUGCUUAUCCGGCAAAAUGGAUUCCAUCAACCUCGGAAGAAGAUGACUUUGGUGUGAGUUCUUAUCCGGCAAAAUGGAAUCCAUCAACCUCGCAAGAAGAUGACUUUGGUGCGAGUGCUUAUCCGGCAAAAUGGAAUCCAUCAACCUCGCAAGAAGAUGACUUUGGUGCGAGUGCUUAUCCGGCAAAAUGGAAUCCAUCAACCUCGCAAGAAGGCGACUUUGGUGUCAGUGCUUAUCCGGCAAAAUGGAACCCAUCAACCUCGCAUGAAGAUGACUUUGAUGCCAGUGCUUAUCCGGCAAAAUGGAUACCAUCAACCUCGAAAGAAGAUGACUUCGGUGUGAGUGCUUAUCCAGCAAAAUGGAAUCCAUCAACCUCGCAAGAAGAUGACUUUGGUGCGAGUGCUUAUCCGGCAAAAUGGAAUCCAUCAACCUCGCAAGAAGGUGACUUUGGUGUCAGUGCUUAUCCGGCAAAAUGGAAUCCGUCAACCUCGCAUUCCCCUAUUCCCCAAGCGCAAAUGAGACACCAACAGAUAAAAGUGCAAACUGGCAUGUUGUUCCUAAAGAAGAGUCUGCAUGUUGGCACUGUACUGCCGGAAGGCACCAUGUUUACACGAGUUGGUAUGCCAAAGUCUGAUAGUUCCGCUCCAUUGGAGUCAAAGUACUUUGGAAUCAUCCUUUCACAUUUCAAGAUACCUCACAACUCCGUAAAGGCAAAGCAGGUAGCUGACACAAUUCGUUCAUGCGACAAGCCGAGUGACAAGGAGGAACCUCACAUGUGUUUCUCAUCCCGAGGAGCAAUGCAAAGGUUCUCCACUAAAGUGUUAGGAGUUCUCCGCGUACGACAAACCGUUACAAGGAUUUAUGGCCAUGAGACCCCAAGCUCCAGAUACACCGUGGUUAGGAUCACUCCAUUAAGCACUAAAAUGGUGCCAUGCCACCCUAUGGAUUUUCCAUAUGAAGUCUUUUAUUGUCAUCGGCCGAAAGAAGUGCAGUCUUUCAGGGUGCAACUCAAGGAUAAGAAAAAUGGCAUGCCACUCGUGACAACAACCGCCAUGUGCCACAUGAACACAUCUGAUUGGGACAAGCAAUACUUUGAGAUGCUGGGUGGAGUGCGUGGUGAACCUAUUUGCCACUACAUGCCCCAGAAUUACAUCAUGUUCUAUUAGUUAACAAACCAUGGCCACCCGAUUCUCAGAGUUUCUGAACUUCUACCAACCAACAAUUUAUCGUCAUGUAUGUCAAGUAAAGUUUUUAAAAUAAGAAGUACAUUGUCACAAGGGUUUGGAUUGUAACUACCCAUGUUUUGUAUUCUCUAAAAUAUAUUACAUAUAUGAGGAGCACAUCAUUGUAAUGCAAAAUUACCUUUCUCUAUUGAUAAUAAAGGUGUGCCCUUGCUGUUUAUGAAAGAA